UUUUCAUUUCAACUUCUGACGCUUACCAAUUAUGCCGAUAUCUCACUCUUAAUAAGCGCAGGUGCUACUCGUUUAUUUGCUUUAUCUAGGGAGCAAACAAAAUCAGAAUCGUCGUUUUGCACCUUCCAUACUAGGAUUUUUUUAUAGAGGUCGACAAAGCAUAUCACUGCUCAACCAUCUUUGAUCGUCCCUCGCCCUCAUAGGCCUUUCGCCAGCCGCGAUUGUCCAGAAUGCCAUCUUCAAUCUACACUCAUUACCCCUGGACCUCUCGGCCUCUGAUCGCGAAUGCGCCAAUGGCCGGCUUUGCCGGAUCUCGUCUCGCCACAGCUGUGACAAUAGCAGGAGGACUAGGUUUUAUUGGCGCCGCGGUCGAUAUGGGGAUAUUAUCUACGCAACUUGAGGAGGCCACAUCCGUCCUAGCCGGCUCGCAUAUCAGCACCACAGGACCGACCCUACCCAUUGGCGUCGGGUUCCUGAUCUUCGCAGCCAAGGUCGAGGAUGCAGCAGCCGUUGUGGCGCACCACCGUCCCGCCACCAUCCUGCUCUCGUGCCCGCCAGAGCCGCAGGACUUUGCCUUCUGGAUAAAAGCAAUGCAUGCCGCGUCCCCAGAAUCACGUAUCUGGAUCCAGAUCGCGGGUGUUGCUGCUGCGGUAGAAGUAGCUCAGCUCUGUUCUCCCGACGUCUUGGUCUUGCAAGCCGCGGAUGCAGGUGGGCACGGUGGCUCACCUGGUGCAGGGCUUGUGAGCCUAGUGCCCGAAACACGUGACGCCUUGGAUACGGCUGGGUUCCCGAACAUUCCCAUUCUUGGCGCCGGAGGCAUCAGCGAGGGAAGGGGAGUGGCCGCAGCGCUGGCAUGUGGCGCAGAGGGCGUGUUGUUGGGAACGGUAUUCCUGGCUAGUCGAGAAGUGGAUCUUUCAUCUAAGGAGUAUCAGCAGGCGGUCCUUGAGGCUGCGGAUGGUGGCAUAAGCACAGUUCGUGCCACUAUCUUCGACGAGUUGCUAGGUAAGAGUAUCUGGCCUGCUGGCUAUGAUGGCCGAGCUCUGGCGAACUCAAGUUAUAAUGAUUAUCUAGAUGGCGUGGGAAUAGAGGAGUUGAGGAGGAGGCAUGCAGACGCGGUCACUGGUCUAGAUAAGGGCUUUGGAGGCGAGCGGCGAGCGGCUAUUUGGGCAGGUUCUGGAGUUGGCCUGUUGAAGGAGGUGAAGGCGGCUGGGGAUAUUGUUCGAGAGCUGAGGGAAGGGUGUAAGGUGGCUUUAGAUAGGGCAUAUUCAAGGCUGUAAGUUACUACAAGGUAGUAGGCAAUGAUGCAGUGAGAUAGCGAUUCUAUGAAGAUACAUCAAGGCUCCCUAGUUUCCCGUAUUGAGCAGAGAUACAACAUAUACGGCGUAAGACUCACGAUUCCCACGCAUGCAGAUUGCCUUAUUAAUAUAAAUCAACCUAGUCUCGGCUUGCG